GUGCGGCUUUGCUAGGGCUGUCCUUCUUCCGCACUACAUUUCCCGCAAGCCUUUGCCGCACCACAAGAAUGGACGACAAGUCAUGUGGAUGAACAUACAGCCGUGCAUCCGCCGAAGUGAAAAGGUCGGAGAAAGAUGCGGGAGGAGGAGGAUGACACCGCCGCCAAUCCGGCCAGGAGCUCGCGCGUUUUCGCCGCCAAGUCUGUAGACGUGGCCGAGUACGAUGGCGCGAAGGAGCACGCGCCCAAACUGUGCGGCUACCUGAACAAACUGGUAGGCAAAGGGCCUCUGAAGGGAUUCAGAACGCGCUGGUUUGUCUACGACCCGAGGAAGUGUUACUUGUAUUACUUCAAGACUCCUCAGGACGCUCUUCCUCUUGGCCACAUCGAAAUCGCCGACGCCUGUUUCACCUACGAAGUGGAGGGAGAAGAGGGUCAGUUCGAGAUCCGCACCGCGGGCAAAGAGUUCCUCCUCAAGGCGCCCAACAAGCAGGUGAUGCAAUACUGGCUUCAGCAGCUUCAGCAGAAGCGAUGGGAGUUCAGUAACACACGAGGAUGUGGCAACCGAGACAGCUUGUGCUCCCCCACCCCACUCUUUCCUCACACAGGCCUGGUGGCCAAAGAUGCUGAUGCAAUGCCCCCUGAGCUGCCUAAUGAAACUAUGGAGAGUGUGCGCAGUGAUUUCACAGAGGAGGCAGACGCUAAUGGCUUGGUUGGACUCCAGACUGCAAGGAACCCAACAACACAUAAUUUUUCCCUUCGAAACUGGGGCACUGAGCUAAGGAACAGUAUGUCUCACUUGCGGCCCAGCCGAGGGGGAGAGAACAGACGCAGUGUGUUUUAUACAGUCAGCAAUGAGGAGUGGGAGAUGGUGGAUCCCCCUACUAAGGACACUCCAGAACAGAAACCUCCAGCUGAGAGUCAGCGCCGUGAGAGCCCUUCACACCUCCACAGACACUCCAUCGGUUCAGCGUUCACGUUUGAUUUCCGAGGUUCAUCACGCAUUAAGCGUCCGUUCCAGAUGAGCUUUGCUAAAUCGGGCCGCAGUGCAGAGACAUCACCAGUGGAGUGUAACGGCAGUAAGGCUGCGGAGCUGCAGCUACGUCUGCAGAGCCAACAGGAGGAGUUGAGCCGCAUGCAGGAGGAGCAGAACCACCUACAAGAGGAGCUCAGCAGUCAGAAGGAGCUAGUGCGUCUCCUCCAGCAGACUCUGAGGACUGCUCAGUGUGAGCGCUGGCCAGGGGAGAUAGACAUGGCUGGGGCAUUGACUGAGCGAGAUGGCCAGAUCCAGGCCCUGUGUGGUCACAUGGAGAGACUGGCGCUGGAGAAAGAGAGCCUGCAGCAGGAGCUGAAGAGCCUGAAGAUCAAAGUGGGAGAGAUUAAUGAUCAGUUAGGCAUGCUGAUGGAGACCAUCCAGGCCAAAGAUGAGGUCAUCAUGAAGCUGUCACAGCAGAGCCAGGAAGGGAGUACUGAGGCAGUAGAGUGCAGCUCUCCUUCAGCACGAGAAAAGCAAGAGCUCCACCACCUGAGGGACAGCCUUCAGGGCUACAAAUCCCAGAAUAAUUUCCUGAACAAAGAAAUCCUUGAGUUGACAGUGUUACGAAGGAAUGCUGAAACUAGAGAAAAGAUCCUUGAGGCAAAGUACAGUGCUCUGGAGGCCAAGCUGUGCCAGGUGGAGAGUAAGUACCUGGUGCUCCUGCAGGAGGUAAAGACUCCGGUGUGCUCCUCAUCCGAGCAGGGCCCAAGCGGAGAUGUCAUAUCUAGACUGCUGGAGGAUGCUCUGCAGGUGGAGAGCUCUGACCAGCAGGAGCACAUGAUUCUCAAGCCCCAUCCUGUCAGUGAGUACGAUGUAUUUGGCUUCAAAACAGUUCCAGAGGAGGAAGAUGAAGAAGAGAAGCUGGUAGCCAGAGUUAGAGCUCUAGAGCUCAGGUCUCUCUCUCUGACUGACCAGGAGGUGUCUGUUGGGGUGAAGUGGGAAAACUACCUGGCUGGUAUCAUGAACAGGGAGAUGGUGCGCUCUCCGGAGCUGAAGGCUUUAAUCCGCAGUGGUGUGCCUCACGUGCAUCGCUCCAAAGUCUGGAGCUGGUGUGUUAAGUUCCAUGUGAAGAAGUUCCGAGAGUGCCAGAAGCCAGACUACUACGAGAGCCUGUUGUGCACAGCGAGGGACAAACCUAACCCAGCUUCUAAACAGAUAGAGCUGGACCUGCUUCGCACGCUGCCCAAUAACAAGCACUAUGCCUCACCUUCAGCUGAUGGCAUCCAGAAACUCAGAAACGUGCUGCUGGCUUUCUCCUGGAGGAACCCAGACAUUGGCUACUGUCAGGGACUCAACAGGCUAGCAGCCAUAGCUCUUCUCUAUCUGGAGCAGGAGGAGGCUUUCUGGUGUCUCAUCACCAUUGUGGAAGUUUUCAUGCCACGAGACUAUUACACCAAGACACUCCUCGGCUCACAGGUGGACCAGCGUGUGUUUAAGGACCUGAUGAGUGAGAAGCUGCCGAGACUUCAUGCUCAUUUUGAGCAGUAUAAAGUGGACUUCUCACUCAUCACCUUCAACUGGUUCCUGGUGGUGUUUGUAGACAGUGUGGUCAGUGACAUCCUCUUCAAGAUAUGGGACGCUUUUCUCUACGAAGGACCCAAGAUCCAUCAUUGCUGACCAGGACUACGUGAAACAGUUUUGGAUAAGUAGUGCUGUAAAAUGUUGUUAGAUUUUUGUUUUGUUUUGUUUUUUGCCUUUUUUUUCUACAUCCACUCUUUGUGCUUGUGCAACAUGUGAAAUACAAAAAUAUAAGAUUUUGUAAUAAAUUUUUCUUUAAUAUAUUUUAAAUGGUCAGUUAAUACAGUGAUACCAUGAAACCAUGUGAUACUUUUAGACUAGGUUAAAAUAUGUUAACAUAUUAUGUUACAUGUUAUUUAAACCAGAGAAGCUUCCUUUUCAAGCAAAAUCUACAAGCCUUUUUUAAAAUAGAUUUCCUUACUAAAUAUUUUAAUAUUAAUAUUUAAAAUUUUAAUGAUUUACAGAAAGAAAAAAACUUCUCAUGAUAUUGAACAGUAUGGUUAUCACUGAGUGAAAUUUUCUUGCUGUGACCCCUAAUGUACAUAUUGGUGUGGGUGUGUGUGGGUGGGUGGGUGUGUGUGGGUGUGUGUGUGUGCGUGCAAGCAUAAGCAUGUGUCUGUUCCUGUGUACUAUAAAGUUGCCAAUCAAGAUUUUUAGAUAAGAAAAUCUUUUGUUUGAAACGUGUUGACAGAAAACUAGUCAGUGGACUAUGCUUAAAAAGCACAUGGAUUAAAAUGGCAAAAUGUCAAACAACUGAAGUUUACUUAAGAAUACCUGAUACGUGAGGUUGUUUAAUAACUGCAGUAAACACAUUACAUUUCCCCUGGAAGAUUGUUUUGAGUGGCAAUAAAUGUACCAGCAUACAGGCUUAAAUCACCUGAUGAUACUUUCGUGUUUUUAUGUCUUGACCUAUUUGUCAAGGCCACAUGGCUGUUUCAUUGCAAACGAUCUCAGCUCCUAACAGCUCCGAAACUAUAAAAAAUACAAGCUGUGUCCAAAAUUUCAUAUUUUGUUAAAUUGCAUGCAAAAAUAAAAUUCUGCAAAUUCACUUUGCAGUAAGUAAUGAAUAAUUAGUAUUGUUUGUUUCUUUCUUUCUUUAUUGUUUUGUUUGUUUAAACUAGCUUACGUAGUUAUUAUUGCCAUUUCACAGUUUUUUGCAGGAACAUAUAUUAGGAGUGUGCAGUUUAAGUGUUUGAGGCACCAGUAUUUGAAUGCUAAAAUCACCAUUCAGGUGUUCAUUCUGUCCUGUGUCCACAUAAUGUCAGCAAAAAAGUGUGAAAAAGAAAAGUGUAUGAAAAAUAAAAAUCUCUUGCUAUUGUGGUGUGCAUCAGGACUUAAAAAAAGCCUUGAGUUUGGGUGUUUUUUAUUCUUGUGCAGGUGAGAGUGAACAAAAGGAAGAAUUCAUUUCCAAUAACAUUUAGUACAACUCCUUUAGAAGUUGUAAACUACAGUUGGUACCAUUCGGUUUUGCAGAUUAGACCUAUUUUAUACCAGAUGCAACACAAGGCAUGCUUCACCCACUCUGCAGUGUUUUUCAUUUUAUACCAGCCACUUCUCUUGCAUGGAGCAUUCAUGUAUUCUUCAUUCACACAUUCACUUCAUUCACAUCAGUUUUAAUGGAUGGCAGAUGUGUACUGCCAUGGUAAGGCUAUAGGCUUAAAUAUUGAUAUUCAUUGACAAUGACGUUCAGCUUUCAAGCUUAUCCUCUGUUUUUUUUAAUAGUUCUGUUCAUUAUUUCUCUAUUUUACAUCUAACACAUCUAACACAUAAACACAUCACUGACAGAAGAGAAGUAUAACUGCAGUGGGAAAAUGAUUCUGGAUUACAGCACAUUUAAGAUAUUUUUAAUACCUAGAAGUUCAAAUAAUCAAAUAUUAUGUCAUUAACUCUUACACGUAUCUGAGUAUUAAAAUUAGGCAGAGGGUAUAUCCUUUCCACUUUAACCAUGUCACUUGGUUCAUGUUACACAUGAUCAUAGUGUUGAUAAAACCAGUACACUGCCGACUGCUGUUUCCAAAUAAAGCAUAAACAGUCACUGAAAGCAAAACAGGUACAACUAGAACAGCCUUAUAAGUAAGCCUGCAGGAAAUGGUUUAAAUAGCAUGUACACAGAUUAGGUUAUUGUGCCAUUAAGGUUGCAAAUAUAGAAUAGUACAGUGGACCUAACAAGGUGUUCUUCUGAAGCUAAUCCGUGAUGAUAGUUCAGAAGAGGUUAAUCUUAUUCACAAUAUGUUUAUACAGAAAAUCUUUUCGAAACACUUUUUUUGAACUCUUUGACUCCUACGAUCUGAUAUCACCCAGAACCGAAUGGGUUCCCUUUUGACUCUGAGAGUUUUUUUUCCUCAUGUUGUCUCAGGGAGUUCCUUGCAACUGUCACUUCUGGCAUGCUCUUUAGGAAUCUAAAUGUGGAUUUCUGUGAAACUGCUUUGUGACAAUGCCUAUUGUUGAAACCACUAUAAAAUAAAAUUGAGUUGAACUGUUUUGAUGCCACUGCAAGGGCUAUUCAAUCAAAAAUUUAACUCCCACAUGUGUGAGACAUGAGGUAUUUUCUCAAGUUUUGUGCUACCAGGUCAGUGAUCAGAUCAUUUUCAAUUCCUGUUCUUUUUUGGGGAUUUGUGCCUUCUGUGUUGUCUACAUUAAGUGAAAUUCAUCACAGUGUGGUUCAGGUGUUGGAUUUCAUGACAAUACCACUGUGUUUUUUCAGAUGCAGUGGCAUGUUUUGGGUUAUGAAUGCUUCCUUUUUCUCUCCUCACUUUCCUCUUUUCAUCUCCCUGGUACAGUAUAAUCUCAGCCUUAUGUCCACGAGACUUUGUCACAGACCUCUCCAGGACUUCUGUGUACUUCGUGGUAAUCUGUAUCAAGAAGAGGGUUCAUGUUGCUUUGUGAUUGAACAUGGGGAGACCCUGGAUGUGUCAAUAAUAUAGCAGCUAACACACAAAAUAAUAGAUGUCCGUCAAGAGUUUGUUGAGGAUGUUUGUUUCCAAAAAUGUUUCAUUCUUAUCAGGGUGCGUAUGUGGAGGAUUCUAAAGAAGAAAUGAGAAAGCCACAUCUAACUUUCUUUCUUUA